GUGCCAUGCUGCUGUGCUUGUCGCCCGCCUGGGCCAACCGCGUGCCUUCAGAGACGGAGACCGGCGCCUGGUCCCUGCUUCUGUCCCGUGCCAUCUCCUUUGAGGCAGGGGGUCGCAGUGCCCUGGAGGCCUUUGCACCCCCCCGCCGUGCCACCUACACCACCGGUGCCUUUGCUGUGGCCACUUGGGCUGCUGAGCUGGCCCGCGACCUCGACUGCCCCACAGGGGGCUCGGCCUCACUCACCCGCCUGCUUGAGGAUCCGCUGACUGCCCGGGGGGUGCUCGCAGCCCGCGCUGGGCUACCUGUGCCCCCCACGCUGGCCUUCACCCUGCCACGGCCUGGGGGGACCCUGCCUGGUCCUGUGUCUGUCCCCAGAGGCACCCCUGGGCUGCGCCUGGUGCAGCUAGGCAGCACCGCAAGCCAGGACAGCCUCAUCCAGGAGGAGGUGGGCGCCUUCCUGGGCGGCACGGCCAUGGCCCCCUACACCCAGGUGGCAGUGCGGCGACCUGGGUGGCGGUGGUGCGGGAAUGGCACCCGCAGCACCCACACGAAGGCUGAGGGGGCUGCAGUGGCACAGGCGGUGAGGGGCUGUCUCAGUGGCCUGCAGGAAGAGGACAGUGUCCUGCUGGAGGCCCUGGUGCCCACUGCCUACUUGCCCAACCCCACCCACCCCACACGUAAGCCAAGCCCACCACCGCCCUCCCCGAGGCUGCCCAUGGCCCUCCGCAUCUGCACCGUGGUCUGCAGGUCCUGGGGGGACCGCCCCCAGCUCUGCCAGGUGGCAUGUGAAAUCGGGCGGGCUGAGGCGCCCGUGCACCACGGAGUGGCGCUGCCUCAGGGCCUGGAUUCGGCCCUGCAGCAGUGGGGCCUCACGGAGCCGGGCCAGCGGCAGGCCCUGGGCACCAAGCUGCAGUGCGCUGCUGAGGCCGCCAUGGCUGCCAUCCUUGACAUGGAGGCUGAGCUGACACCUGAACAGCGUGGUGGCACCCGGGCACAGACUGACAUCAUGGGUGUGGACUUCCUGCUGACCUGCGUGGGUGACUCGCUGGAGCUCAUGGCCCUGUCGACCAACACGCAGCAGUGCCUGGAGACCUGUGGGCUGGCUGAAGCCAUGGGGCGCGCUGUGGGUGAGCCUGCCGGUGACCUGCCCUGUCUGCUGGCUGAGACCAUGCUGCACCAGGCACAGCGCCACCUCCUAGAGGGCAAGGACAUCCUGCUUAUCGGGGCUGGUGGCGUCAGCAAGAGCUUCGUCUGGGAUGCAGCCCGGGACUAUGGCCUCAAGAUCCACCUGGUGGAGUCAGACCCAGAGCACUUUGCAGCGGGGCUGGCGGAGACCUUCCUGCCCUAUGAUAGCACAGAGCACCGACGGGAUGAGGAGCAUGCUGAGCGGGUGGUCGAGCUGGUGCGGGCCCGGGGGCUCCGCCCCCAUGCCUGCCUCUGCUACUGGGACGACUGUGUGGUGCUGGCGGCCCUGGUGUGCCAGCACCUAGGGCUGCCUACCAACCCACCUGCUGCUGUGCGCCUGGCCAAGCAGAAGAGCCGGACCCACCAGCAUCUACUGCAGUGCCGCUGGGGCCGCCCGCCACCCGCUGCCUACGCUGUGCCCUGCUGCCCCGUCGAGAGCCACAGUGAUGUGCAGCAGGCUGCUGCCACCCUGCCCUUCCCUGCUGUGGCCAAGCUGGAGUAUGGGGCAGGCGCCGUGGGUGUGCGGCUGGUGGAGAAUGCCAGUGAGUGCCACGCACAUGCUGAGCGGCUGUGGCGCGACCUGCAGGCCGAUGCUGAUCACCCGGGCAUUGGGCUGGGCUGGGGCAAUGGCAUGCUGCUAAUGGAGUAUGUGCCAGGCACUGAGCAUGACGUGGACCUGGUGCUCUUUGAGGGGCAGCUGCUGGGUGCCUGGAUUUCUGACAAUGGCCCCACACGGGUGCCUGCCUUCCUGGAGACAGCAGCCUGCAUGCCCUCAUGCCUGCCAGCCGAUCGGCAGGCCCAGCUGGUGUGGGCAGCCCACCAGUGCUGCCUGGCCUGUGGGUUGGCCAACGGCGUCUUCAAUGUGGAGCUGAAACUUGGGCCAGGUGGCCCUCGCCUGCUGGAGAUCAACCCCCGCAUGGGUGGCUUCUACCUCCGUGACUGGAUCCGCGAGGUCUACGGUGCUGACCUGCUGCUGGCCGCUGUGCUGGUGGCCUGCGGGCUGCGGCCAGUGCUGCCUGCCCGGCCCACUGCCCGCACCCACCUGGCUGGUGUCAUGUGCCUGGCCUCGCUACAUGGGCCGGCCUUGGGCACCGGUGGUGGGCUGGCGACCCUGCAGGCACUGCAGGCCCGUGGCCUCAUCCGCCUCAACCGCCUCUUCGAGCAGCCUGAGGUGGAUGAGUACGAGGAGCCAUACCUUAGCGUGGCCUGCAGUGGUGGGACGCACCAUGAUGCCUGCCUCCGCCUGCUCAGCCUCUGCCAGGCGCUGGGCAUUGACUCGCCCUGCUAUCCUGUUGCCCACUUCCUCUCCCACUUCAAAUAG